AUGCAAGGUCCCACCAAGGACAUCUUGAGGGGAAUCGACAAAGACGGUAUCAGCUAUGACUCGGUCAUGGUCCGAUCUGUCUCAGCAUUGGAUACUUUGCUUGACGCAGUUGAUCGUUUAACCUGCUUUGGCUAUCCAGUCGAUAUCUCUGAGGUCAACAAGUCAGGUAUGAAACCUGCAAUUCAGAUGGUGCUGCCCAAUCUUCCCGAAUACCCUUUCGAUCACUCACGAAGUUACUGGCACGACAGCAGAUACAACAAAGAUGGCUCGAGAUUUCGCAACAACCUUCGCCUAGACCUACUUGGAACUCCUGUUUCAGAUUGGAAUCCUUUGGGCGCAAGAUGGCGAAAGAUCAUUCGAAUCUCUGAGACGCCAUGGAUCGAGGACCACAAGGUCUGGGAGUCUCCCCGAAUGCUGGUCAUGGCUCUGGAAGCUUGUAAACAACCUGCCAAAGAGAAGCGGCGUGUAGCUGGAUACACAAUCAAAGAUGCAACUUUCCACAACCCUCUGCCUAUAGCGCCAGGUCCCAACGGAGUAGAAGUACAACUUUGCCUCCGAACCGAGGAAGAUUGA